AUGACCACCAUUGUGGCUGUAUCGUCAGUUUAUGCGCAUCCUAUUCGCGAGCCAGAGCGCGCUGUCGACAAGGAAGGGUCUUCGAUCCUCUUACCUCGAGAGCCGAGACUAAUCCCCGAUACUACAAAUUAUAUCGCACAAUUGCUGAACGAGUUGGGAGUUGGUCCUCCGGUCCCAUCAGAGACGCCCGCCCUAGUUCCUACCCCUACGGUCACGGCGGAGCAAGGACAGCCUGAGGACCAUGAGCGUACCCCGAGCGCAACACUAAGCUCUUCAAGUUCGACAUCCAGCGCGACCUCCUCAUCGACCGCGACUCCCACGGAACCCGGAGACACUGUGCAAUUCACCACAACGAUCAAGAACGAGAACGACAAGCCUAUCCAUAACAUCCAGUUCGGAGCUGGAUGGAAGGGGGGAAACCGCAUCGAGGCGUCUGAUAUACCAGUGAUCUUCGACGCGGUUUAUACCGAGCUGGCCCAUCGGUUCAAUGAUAUGGUUGAUAGUUCAGACGAAAUGACACUCCGAAGAUGA